UGGUAUCUGUAGAUUUGACUGACAGCAGCUUGGCUCCUGGUGGGCGGGGCUACCAGAGACUCGUCACAGGUCUGAGGUCACGACUUCAACUGAAGACCGACUUCUUGCUGUCACACCAUCCAGGGGGCGGGGCCUCUCUGCAGGCCCUCCUGUCUCGCUGUGAUUGGUCAGAGCACAGACCUGAGGUCAGAAGCCACGCCCUCACAGACCUGUUCUGUCCCCUGCUGACCUCUGACCUGCAGUCAUGUGAUCCUCACCACCUCCUGGAGUGGCUCGGUGCAGUGGACGCUGACGUCAGCUGUGAGAACUCGUCUAGCAGCUUCCUGUCCUCGCUGGUCUGUCCCGAGCCGAAGACGACAAUGAGUCGAGCUCUGAGCGUCUCCGUCUGUGGACUGCUGAGUCUUCAAGACGUCCACCGACUCAUCCAGCAGAUCAGGUGUUACCUGGAUCAGCCUCGGUUGGAGUCCUGGGCAUCUCUGACGGUUCAUGGUUUCGUUGAUAGUCCAGUAUCUUGGGGGGGCGACGAACACGGAUUCCUGAGAGGAGGAGAGAACUUCUACAGUCUGCUGAUGUUCCACGACCACACCUACCACCUACACCUGGGGACAGGCGCCCACGACACCUGUCCACCGUGACUACACCUGUCCACCGUGGCGACACCUGUCCACCGUGGCGACACCUGUCCACCGUGGCGACACCUGUCCACUGUGGCGACACCUGUCCACCGUGACUACACCUGUCCACCGUGGCGACACCUGUCCUCUGUGACUACACCUGUCCACCGUGGCGACACCUGUCCUCUGUGACUACACCUGUCCACCGUGGCGACACCUGUCCACCGUGGCGACACCUGUCCUCUGUGACUACACCUGUCUUCCGUGAUCAGGUUUUGUUGUAGAAACAAGUUUCACAUCCGUUUUGGAUUCAAAUCAAACAAAAAUAAUAAUACAAAUACAUUUGUAGUAAAUAUUUCUGAAUGUGAGAGUUGAGUUCAACCAAAGAGUGAAAUGUUUUUCUGGUCCCUGUUAAUAUUCUGGAGACCCUUUUUGGGCCCUGGGCCUCAGGAUGAGAACCACUGCAGACUGUAUUUUUGUUCCUGAUCUGAAAACAAUAUUUAAUUUGUUUUGUAAAUAACAAACUUGUAUUCCUCGAUUGUCUUUUAUGAACCUGUGUUUCUCUAAUUUCUGCUAAAAUAAGUUUUUUUUCAUCAGCGGAUUUCUAAAUGGUUAAUUAUUCACAUAUCUCAUAACGAUGACAUCAUGACCGUCUCUGCUUCAACAGUGACAUCACUGAUGCAUCAGUGAUUUCACUUUACAGACAAAAACAUUUAAUUCAUUUGAAAUGAAAGAACACAGAUUUACUGAGUGUUUAAUUUUACACAUGAGAUAACUGGAUGAUUAAUAACCUCCUCAGAUCAGGUCCUGGACUCUGGUCCGGAUCACAGUUCAGUCAGUUCACAUGAAUCACAAGCCACACCCAGCAUCACAGUCUCCUCUCAGGUGUCCAUAUUUACCCACAAUUCAUCAGUUUUGAUCAAACUCCUUUGAUGAGACUGAACUCAGCGCCCCCUACAGGCGUCUGGAUGUCUGAACAGUUUGUCCUGAAGGGGGCGCUAGAGGAGGAACCAAGCCCACCAGAGGAAACAUCAGCAUCCACUUUCAGUUUAUGUUCCUGUCAAAGAUCACGUCCAUUUGAUAAGUUCUCUGGUUUCAGUUUCAUGUCUGUAUCCAGUACAGACGAAGGUCCUGGACCAUUAGCCUAGCUUAGCACAAAGACUGGAAGCAGGGGGGAACUGCUAGCCUAGCUUAGCACAGGUAAUUUUAUUCAUGGUCAGCCCCAUGUGUCCAGAUGGUACCACCCAGUAAAAAGCAUUUAAAGCUGAACAGCAGUGGACCCAGGAUGGAACCCUGAGGAUCCAUGUGGAACCUCACAGGUGAGUCAACAUCUGACUGGAGGAGAACCAGAGGAUACAGAAUUCUGCUGAAAUUCUAACUUAAAUGUUUAUAACAAAAGGAGGAAACGUUCAGUGUUUCCUGUCCAGCUCAGAAUCUGCUGAGUGAGAGGAACUGUUCCCGGUUCAGGUCCCGGUCCCGGUCCUAGCAGAGCUCGGUGCUCCUCUGCAGGUACUGCAGGAUGGAGUCUGUUCCCUCUGAUGAGCCCCAGACCCUCUUCAGGGCUUCACACUCUCUCUCGUUAGCUUGUUCCAGAGCACCGCGGCUGGUGUUCCUCAUCAGAGCUUUAGACUCCUUUAGAACCUGCAAGACAGGAAGUGCAACCAGUGGAACCACCAUCACCACAUGAUGGGUUCUAUCAUCUACUCUAAUCACAUACAGGUACUGGUCAUAUAAUUAGAAUAUCAUCAAAAAGUUGAUUUAUUUCACUAAUUCCAUUCAAAA